AUGGAUACCCUUGCGGCCAAAUUUGCCUCCCGGAAGCGAGUAUUCACAUUGGUUGAAUACGGGUGCCUCUCGGGGGUGCCGCCAGGCAUGAACUUGAUUCAGAAAGAGGCGGACAAGGACGCAUGGUACAAAGUAUCGGCGGCAACGACUCAAGCCGGCUCAAAUUCGCCACAAUCAAGGUCAACUUCGCUUUACCCCAAGGUCAAGUGGACGGUCGCGUACCUGCUGCGGCCGUUCUUUCAACCACCCGACUCCGAGAGGGAGGACAUUGUGGAUGCCAGCAAGUGGAUCUUCAACGACGAGAGCCCAUGGUUCCUGGACACUUUCCGGGACGACAGCCAACUGCCGAGCCCAUUGUCGCACCUGCACCUGCGCCUGCGCGAGUGCAUCACGAUGGAACCGGAGGAUACGGUUUGGUCGCACGCCCGAUAUGUAGCACGCGGUCGAGAUUAA